AAGCAACGUCGCUGUGGAGGUAGACUCAUACUGAGGCGAUUAAGUUAAUCUGUUACAUGUCAUACCCAGACUUAUUCCCAGCCUCGGUUGGUGGCGGCCGUCCCCAAUGCGACUCUACCGCAGUCGCGACCUUUCCCAGGGGUGCAACCACCAUUCCUGUACCUUUUUCCCCUUCCUUCUCUUCCUGCAGUCCCUUUUAACUUUUUGUUCUUCUCUCCUCAAUCCUUCUCUUCUCGAAUUUUCUCCCGUUGUUAUUCCCGACUCAUUUUGUACAACGUCAUGGAGAGCGUUAACAAACCCAGCUUUGAGAUGGGCAACAAUGCCACCGUCAAGGCAGCAGACAAUGUCAAUGUCUCGGCAAAGGCUGAGCCAGAUUCUGGACGCAGCUCGGCGAGCAAUUAUCAUGAUAAGGAUCAGUUGGAGCGGAUGGGAAAGAAGCAGGUGCUUCGGCGCAACUUUGGGUUCAUGACGAUUCUGGGAUUUAGCUGUACCAUUCUCAUCACCUGGGAAGCUAUCACUGUUCUCUUCGCCCAAGGCCUCAACAAUGGUGGCACAGCCGGUGUCAUCUACAGCUUCCUUGUCGUUUGGGUCGGUAACUUUAGUGUCUUUGCUACCAUGUGCGAGCUGGUCUCGAUGGCACCUACAUCCGGAGGACAAUAUCACUGGGUCGCUAUGAUGGCGCCGCGGUCGUGUUCCAAAUUCCUCAGUCACCUCACAGGCAUGCUCACGGUCGGCGGAUGGCAAGGCUCUGUAUCAUCCAGCGCCCUGCUCACGGGAAACAUGAUCCUGGGAAUGGCGACUCUCAAUUAUCCCGACUUCCAGCCCGAGCUUUGGCAGGGAACAUUGCUGUUCUGGGCCAUCUUCGGGUUUGCCGUCUUCAUCAACACGCUCGUCAGUUCGGUGCUGCCCAAGUUUGAGGGAUUGAUCUUGAUCCUUCACAUUCUGGGUUUCUUUGCCAUUCUGAUCCCGCUUGUUACCCUUGGACCUCAUGCCUCUGCGUCGGAUGUCUUUGGUACCUUUGUUAACAACGGUGGAUGGUCGACUAAUGGCAUCUCGUUCAUGGUUGGUAUGAUGGGUAAUGCGUUUUCCUUCGUCGGCACUGACGCUGCUUUCCACAUGUCCGAAGAAACCGUCAACCCCUCCGUCGUCGUCCCAACCUCCAUCCUUCUCAGUCUCUGCAUCAACGGCGCUUGCGGUUUCGCCAUGGUCAUUGCCAUGGUGUUCUGCAUGGGCAACCUCGACGAUGCGAUGGCUUCAGGCCCCGGAAUGCUCGGCUUCCCCUACAUGUACAUCUUCCAGCAAGCGACAAACUCAAGAGCCGGUGCGACCGUCAUGUCCGCCAUUAUUGUUCUUCUUGCUGCUUGCGCCACUGUCGGGAUGCUUGCAUCUACCUCUCGUGUCUUCUGGUCCUUUGCCCGUGACCGAGGUCUUCCUGGCUGGCGCACUCUGUCAAAGGUCAGCGACCGAACCACUGUCCCCUUGUACUCAGUCUUGUGCACUGCCGUCAUUUCAAUCCUCCUGUCACUCAUCAACAUUGGAUCGCCUGUUGCGUUCCAAAACGUCACUUCUCUUUCUAUUUCUUGCCUCUACUCUUCAUAUCUUAUCGCCGCAGGUCUUCUUCUCUACCGUCGCCUCACCAAAGGCUUCGUGCUGCCCGGCGCUUCAGAUCUCCCAGCUCUGGCCAACACCACCGGCGCUGAGCUUGUCUGGGGUCCAUUCCAUCUCAAGGGUGCCUUUGGCAUUGCCAACAACAUCUUCGCCAUGUGCUACCUCAUUGUUGUUGGCUUCUUCAGCUUCUGGCCUCCCAUGGUGGAUCCUACCGUGGAUAUGAUGAACUACAGUGUCGUGGUCACUGGGGGCCUCGUCAUUUUCAGUGUAAUUUACUACUUCGCCUGGGCGCGAAAGGAGUAUAACGGACCUGUUGUCGAGAACUAGAUUGAUGGUUUUGUGAUCAAUGGCGUGGCAUAAAAAUUUGUUUCAGUUGGCGAUGCAUAGUAAAAUGUUUUUUUUUGCAAGAGAUUGUAUAGACUCUUUAUAUAUCCCACUUGGAUAUUGAGAUAGGAUACCACAAUAAUACAGCUAUCUCAAAACUCUGGAGCUUUCGCUGCGUCACUCAUUCUGUCAUAAGUGGAUGGACUUGAUCGAAACCUCAAAUCACUCGACGCUGCAUGUUGAUCAUGCGGUCUUCUUGGCAUUCUUUCGUCGCGAUUGCUAUGUCGCAUAUGCAUCUUCAGGAGUGUAUUUCCGUCGAACCGGCUGUAACCCCAAAGUCCAUCCAGCCCACGAAGCAACAAGUAGAAUGAGGUGGGAGACCACUAUAUCGAUGUUCUGUAACAGGCUCCUCGAUCUAUUACCUGAUACUCGCGAAAGGUUGGGCGCGUCCAGGAAUACAGGAAUAUUGUCCAAGGUUCGAAAAAUAAUGAACAGGUUCAGAGGAAUCCAUAUAUCAAGGAACAGCCCUUGCAGCCUUGAUGGCAACCUGGAUACCACCGAGGUCUCAUCACUCAACAUCUUGGGACUGUUGAGAAUUACGCCAUUGAGAUUCCAAAAGAAUAUGGCCAUGUCAUUAUCAUCCGGCUCUGUCCUCUCAAUCACGACGACUUCUUCGCCCUCUGGUGCGGCUCGCUGCCAUUCAUGCCACGCGUAGCGCGGUACUUUUAUCUCUGGCUGAUUGCCAUCGGUAGCGCUGAUAACUCGUCGCGAAUCUCCCAGCCGGACUCGAAUUGCUCCUUUCACCACUUUCAAGUACUCGUCGUGAGUUUCAUGCCAAUGAAGUCCGCUUGACCAGGCUGAUGAUUCGGGAAGCGUAAUGCGCACUUGUCCGACGGUUGACAUGUCAUAGAUUACGCCAUUAGGAAGUGGGCGCUCGAUGACGCUUGGGAUCCUCUGAUCACUCAUUUGGAUGCGCCGGGUUGUAGAACAACUAUCACAAACAACUCAAGUUUGAAAGUUCAAGUGCUUGUUGAUGUUGCUCCUCACUUGAGAUAUGAACCAAAUGACAUAAGCUGCCGAAUCGGGCAGGUCACGAGAAUAAGCAGACUGAAUCCUUGAUCUUUCAGGUAGUGACAGUUAUAUGAUCUCUUGAUGUUAAAUUGAGAUAAGGUAAAUAGCUUCAAUUACAUUGCAUUGAGUGACCAUGGGCUUCUCAGUCAAGAGGCUUCCAAUCUUGAG